AUGAGAAGUGCCCCAGUCACUCCAGCCGAGGUGGGGGCGGCUGGUAAUCCCAGUACUCUGGGAGCCACACGCUUGCCCUCCAAGACGGUCUCUUCUACUUAUCCCGAGACGUCAUCUAGAGAGACUCCAGAUUCUGGGGGGCAAAGAAGCCCAGGACUGCCUCGGUCCAACACGGAACAUCACUUUGCCUCCCCUGAGCUUGGUUCUGAGGGAGGCACCACGCUAACCCCCAGUGUUUCCCUGCUGUCACCUGCUUCAGAUCUGGGUGGUAAAGUGCCAGGCUCCAGCACAUCCUCAGUGCAGACAGUUACCUCUUCCACGACCACGGGGAUCCCGGGGAGCCCAGAGAGGACGGAGCCCAACUCAGCUGUCAUGUUUCCCAUAAUGGCAAGUAAUCCAGCAGCAAGUGCUAGGAGGGUCAGAAGUGCCACCUCUACCCUGGCCCGUCCAUCUCCCCCAGGGGAAGAGACAGCAGGGAGCGUGCUCCCCCUCAGCACCUCCCCCGAGACCCCAGACCCGCCCAGCCUCCCCGCAGCCGGGACUUCGGCUUCGGAACCAUCGGGUGGCCCUGGAAUCCUCAGCAUCACCAGUGUGUCUGGAAUGAAGACUUCAUUUUCUCCAUCCCCCUCCUCUGCCUCAGAAGAGACCAACACCCUUUUAUUUACUACUGGAGAGGAUUCAAAGAAACCUUUAAGUCCAUCUGUGUCUCCACCUGAGACCUCUGUUUCCAGAGACAAGACCACUUUGGCCUUCACCUCUGUGCCCAUGCAAGCCCUCUCAGCCGUGGACUCCUGGGCUACACGCUCAGGUGAGUACCGCUCAUCCCAUAUAGCGAAUGCCUUCAGGACCACAAACAGCACCUCCAUUGCACAGUCAGCCAACACCACUCUUCCUAAAACUUCUCAGUUGACGAGGACCCCUGCUUUUAUUUCUGCAGCUGCCAUGUCACAGACCAACACUGUACUUCACAGCAAUGCUUGGCCGGAGACGAGUCCCAAAUCUGCAACAAGGUCGCCUCCGGCACGAAGCACUGUGUCAGCGACUGCCCCUCUUUCUGCGGCCAGCGUGGUUCCUGGAUUCAGUUCCCUAAAAACCAGCUCCACGGAAGGAGUGUCUGUGUGGCAGCCUUCAACAGACAACCCAAGAGGUCCAGCCACCGUUCCUUCCGGACCUUCCACCAGGAUGCAGCCCACAGAGGGAAAUGGUGGGGAAAGGAAGUCAGGAACAACCCACCCGCCCAUUGGAACCGCAUCUCCACCUGAGACAUCCACACAUGCCUCCCUGGCCAAGGAAAGCCAUUGGGUCUCAACGAGUGCAUCUCAGUCCACUGGUGCUUCCAGCUCAAGGACUGUACGAAGGGCAAGCCACUUGGCUGGCCCCUUGUCUGGGGCCCCCUAUGAUUUGUUCUCUGGGGGGCUUACAGUUUCUGGGGAUGAAACCAGCCCACCUCUGGCUCCAGAAACAACUGCAGUUCACUCGCCUGAUAACUCGUCUUCAUCUGCUGCUUCUGUUGCCCCAGUCCCAGUGGCCACCACAUUUUUAGCCCAGAAGGUCACCAUAAGCACUGUAGCCGGCACAGCUGAGGCUAGUAAAUGGGACAUGCCCAUAUCUUCCAGGACUUCCUCAUCACUUAGCGACUCCCCAGCCAGUGCGGACACAGGGAGGGGCGUCUCUGUUCCCCUGGCUACUCCAUCGUCAGCCCCAUCAGUGGAGCCAUCAGAAGAGAGCAUCGCUACCUCUGGCACCCGCCCAGAACCAACAGACUCACCCGGCGUCCUCCUCAGAGAGGUGCAAACCAGUCCAGAGAGUCACACGCCCCUUGUCUCACCCUCGGUGAAGGCCACCACGGCUGUAUCAAUAGCAAAAAUGGAGACUGAUGAAAUCUCUUACUCUUCUGGGUCGCCACCUGUGAUGUCACUUCCCGGAAAGAUCGGCACCAGUGGUACCCGGGCCUCCGCCACAUACGUCCCCCCUCUGGAUCCCAUGGUGACACGUUCAGCUCAGGUCUCUUCAUCCCCUUUGGUGAAGGAGCUCAGAACCACAGACACUUAUGCAAGAACAGAGUCCGCCAGCCCAGCUGCUCAUGCUGGAAGUCCUCAAAUCCCAAGGACACCCAGUCCCACUAGCCCAGACACAAUGGCAGGGGCCAGCACAGACACAGCUGAACGCUUCACUGGAUCCCAGGGCACAGAUCUGACAGAAAAAUCCCCUGGAUUCGGGACACGGUCAACCCUAGGACCAGUGUCUGUCGUGGCCUCUGCCUCCCCUCCCUCUGGAAGCAGCACAUUGGAACUGACCUCUGAUGCCUCAGGUGAGUCCUUGACCCUGAGCACCAGUAACGAGAGCACAAUCACUUCUUGGCUCCGGGCUCUCAGUACGUCUCUCCCCAUGGUAACGUGGCUGAGUACCAGCUCAACAGAGGAAAGGGCCUUAAAUGCUCCCGAUGCUUCAAGUCCAAGUUCAUCCAAGACAUUUGCUACAUUUACACCUUCUGUACCUUCCCAUGAACUUGCAGAUCCAGGGGUAGACACCACUGUUCUCCAAAAUACAGAUUCGACCACUGUGGGCACGAGUGGGGACUUAACUCCCCCCACAGCCACAGCCUCCCACCAGCUCAGCAUGAGUCCGUCCGCCUCGUUGAUUCAUUCACCCUCAAAUACUACAACCGUAGCUAUCACAGCCUCAGGGAUGAGGGACAGCACCGAUGUGUCUGCUUCCAGAUUUCCAGGCCUCUCCAGCACAGAAACCGGGCAGAGCUCAUCUCGGCCCCUCCCCAUUACCUCUCCAUCGACAGAGCCCACAUCCCCAGCAGCACUGACCACCUCAACACCCAAGAGAAGACUCACAUCAGAGGCAACAAGACCAGCCGGCUCCGUGUCUCAAGACGAGACGAGCUCACCCCCAAGGCGGACUGCAGAGGUUCAGAGUCUUGCUGCCAUGGUUAGCUCUGUGGAAACCAGCAGGGGGGUCGCUCAGAUGUCUGACUGUGGAAAAACCACAGUCAAUCUGAGAACAAGUUUAGUUGCCCAGUGGAAUUCAUCUCUGCCUUUAACACACAGCACUGUGGGGGUCCCGGCUUCGUCUGAGGCCACCACUCCUGGAAGGAAACGUGGCCCCUGGUCAGAAUCAUCAGUGACCACAGAGAGAGUUGGGCCAGAACCCUCUUCUUCAGUCUCCUCUGUGUCCCCUGAGGUGACCACUGCCUUGGGCUCUGCCCCCACAAUGCCGGAAACUGUGGGCUCCACCUCAUCCGUCCCUAAGUUUAGGGAAAUAACUACUGAGAAGGCAUCAGCUCCCUCCCUGGCCUCUGUACUGCUGGGUGGAAGCUCUCCCCCAUUUCCCCCAGAGGCCACAUCUUCUGUGGGCACUGGGGAGGGCGCAGGGACAAGUCCACUCAUGUCACGGGCCAGCUCAUCUUCCGGAAGGGAAAUCGACUCCUCUGCUUACACAUCCUCCAGCAUCAGCCACAGUGCUGAUUCUUUUGAUCCAUCCGCCAGAGGAGUGACCGGGGCCUCUCCCCUAGACCCCACGGCCUCGACCUGGAUCUCCUCAUCAGCACUUACUGACUUUCAGGCACAGACAAGCCAAACUUCUCCCAAGACUCUUUCCUCCUCAGGGCCAGAGCACACCAGCCUGGGAGAGGAGAGUGGCCUGGCCAGGACCUCAUCAGGAACAUUUACCUCUUCUGAAGCCAAGGGAGAGCCCUCCUGGACAUCUGUCUCUGUACCGUCAGAGGCUCUACCUGACAGAGGCACUGAUGGGACUGUGGUGUCCGUUACUCACUUCCCCACAUAUGAAAGUUCCUCAUGGCUGAACAGUGACCCUUCAACACCUGUGACAGUGGUUGAUUCUGCAGGUCCUCAGGAGCCUGUGACAACCACCACUGGGGAGCUGAGUGAGGGGGCGUAUGGAGGCACCACAUGGUCAACGGGUGACCCCAUGUCUCUGGUGACUGUAGGCAGACUGGUCACAGGCCUGCCCACAAGAAGCCCAGGAACAUCUGAAGAUAUUCUAAAUCCAAGCUCCAAGGAGCCCAGCAGCAGCCACAAGACCAGGAUCACUGUGGGAACUUCUCCUAGGAAGACUCCAAAAGAGACUGCCCCUGUGGAUACCACAGUGGGACUGGCCACCCUUCAGUCCCUGAACACAGGGAGUGUCAGCACCAAACUCCUUCCCUUGCCCACAGGAAACACAAUGACAGCAGAAUCAUCCACAGAAAUGGCAGUAGUUACAAAUAACAUCUCACACUCCACACAUCCAGCUGAGGCCUGGGCUAGUACUUAUUCUGGGACACCAGAAGGGACAAGCCAGUCAAGAGGAACAAUGUCCUCUUUCCACCCAGAAUCAACUUCUGUAGGUGCCACAGGGAAGGUUCAGCAAGUCAGCUCAGGCUUGACUUCAAAGACAACUGAAGUGGACUUGUCCACACGGUUUGGCUCCACCGAGGGGACCGCAGUGGACACUCAUUUCCCCUUGAGCACAUCUUCCACUGGUCUUCAAGACUCUGCAACAAGUUUAGUUAUCUCCAAGGUAGCCACAGGCUCAGUGGCAGAUAAAUCUGAACUUAAAACCAUGCCGUGGGUCAGCACCAUGGUCAUUCCUUCCACGGCCUUCAGUACAAAGGCAAUGGCAGUUGAACAACAGACAGGUGGAUCUGUGGGGAAGGCUUAUUCAUCUGGCCCAUGGCCAAAGCAGAUACCUGGGAGUGACCCAAUGUCAAGUGCCUCCCCUGUGAAGCCAGACACAGCUACCACCACCCUCACAACCCACAUUCCUCCCACAGGACCUUGGACUUCUGACAGGUCAGAAGGCUCAGCCACUAUCAGCCUCACCAGUAUGGCAAAAGAAACAACUGGUUCCUCUAUAUCUGCUACUUCCCCUUUGGUGGGGCCCAAUUCUGAGUCCAUCACUGGACUGGGGACCACUGAAAUGGCAUCUCCACCUGGGGUCCCUUCUGUGACAUCAUAUCCGACAGAACUAACAAGCAAGGGUGGGGCUCUCACCUUGGUGAUCAUCACCUCCAGCCCCAGGGGAGCAAGGUCAGUUUCAACUAUAAUGACUAGCCCGGAGAGGAAGUCCAGGGCCACAGGCAGCACCCAAGCACCAGGGACCUCUCCAUGGACUGUCACAGACACAGCUGUCCAGUCACAUGUCACUGGUUUGCCCAAAAUCAGUUCUACAGGGAGGACACUUUCCUCCUCAGCAGUGGCUACUGGAACAGCUGAACAACAAACAAGUGUAUCUGUGGGUGCGGCUUAUUCAUCUGCUAUCACACGGUCAGACAAGACAACUGGGAGUGAUCUGAUUCAUGGUGCAUCUCUAGAAGCCACAGACACAUUGCAUCUCACCUCCAGAGAACAAACCACAUCGGCAACUCUGACCUUUAAAAGCCAAGCCAUCACCAGCCCUACCAAUGAUGCUUCAGGAGGAAAAAUGAACUCUUCACCAUCUGGUGUAUUUCCUUCAAUGGAGUCUAAGACGCUGGUGGCCGUCACAAGUGUAACGACUAGUAAGGCUGCCUCUAUGACUGAGCAACUGUCACAGACCUCAUUUCCUGCAGAAGCGAGCAUGAUGAGUACGACCACAGCCCCCCCUCCACGUGUCAUCACCACUAUCACCACUAUGGGAACCAACUCAGUCCUGACUACCAUGUCCAACCCAGAGAGGAGAGAGAGCACCAUGGACAGCACCCUGGCUACAGAGACCAGCACAUCUGCCAUGGAGCAUCCUUCCACCUGGUCAUCCACAACUGCUUCUGCCCCAACAUCAGGCUCCUCAGCUAUGAAAGACAUAACUUCAAUUUUGAAAGUCACAGGUUAUCCCAAAACAACUUCUGCAAUGGGCACAACUUCAUCCUUAGCAUCAAGCACGGAAUCAGGCUCUUUAUCUACUCCCCAUGGCAUUAUGACUGUUACUGGAACCAGCCCAGCCAGUCCAUCUUCUCAUGCUUCAGCUGAAGAUAUGAGGUCCACAAAUAUGAGAACAUUGAUUCCUUCAGACACAACUGCAUCUAUGCCCAUUUCAACUUCUGGUAUCGAGAAGAUGAGCACCUUACUUCCUGACAUUUUAGACACAAGUUGGACUACCAGUAAAAGAAAUAUGGAAGUUCUGCCUGGUUCAAUGGCUUUCACUGACCAUCCAAAUACAAAGACUGACCCCAAUAUCCUCCUAUCCGUUUCACUGCCUGAUUCUCUGCCCACACAUGACUGGACUACUGGGAAACCUGUGUCACCAGCCACAACUACUACCUCCACUCCUCAAGGGGACACAACUCAAAAAUUCAAUGUAAUGAACAUGAUCAGACCAACUACCUCAUACAUACCAUUCUUUACAACGGAAACAGGUAUAGCCCCUUCGCUAAGUUACACUCCUACAAAUGAAGAGAGAAGAACAGAGAAAUACACCAAUGACAAAAUAUCUACCCCAACACUUCCUCAGUCCAUGAGGUCAUCAGAUACCACCAGGGGCCGUAUAAUGAAAAUUGUGACAAAUGGUGAAAAACUAACCAUGAGUGAACAGAAUAGUACUACUAGGACUACAUCUGAGGGCAAACUAGCCUUGGAUACCUCAGCCAUAGCAUCAAGGGCACAGAUGCACUCGGCUGCAACUCAGGGUUCUAGACACUCAGAGAUGACCACUAGCAUGGACAGACAUUCAGAGGAUGUGUCACACCCAAGCCCUUCCUCUGAGCAGGACAUCAGCUCUCCAUCUUCCCUGGUGCCUUUAUCUUCCAUGACCUCAUCCUCUACAGUGUCCCCAACACUACCAACAAGUAAUCCUCCUCCUCUUGCACCUGUCACCUCACCUCUAACCGGUGGCCUGCCAAGGACCCACAUCACAUGGGGUACGAGCUCAGAAGGUGUAACUAGUUCACCCUCAGGUCUCAGUCAAACCUCAGUCGAUGUAUGGACCCCAUCUGAAGUCUCUACCACGAUAGAAGCUAUUCACCCUUCUGAAAACACAGCAGUGACCCACAAGGGGACCCUCAGUUCCACAUGGGAACCCCGCUCCUCGGCCCCAGCUGGCUCAGAGAUAGCCACAGGAAUGUCUCCAAUCAAGACGUCCUCCCUCGAUGGGGAUGCCACAGCUUCCACAACAACGGCUGGCCUCUCUGGAACCACGGAGCCUGAGACACAGUCACAGUCAUCCAUGGCCCCGGAACCAGAGGAAACUGGCACAUUCCCCCAUACUAUCUCAGCCACAGAGCACAUGAGCAUCUCUUCCAAGGUCUCCACUGAGUCUAGUGCUGGGGCCUCCAGGACAGACGUCAUGUUCUCUAGCAAGACAUCCACCCCUGGCCCUGUUCAGCUCACAAUGUCACCAGACAUCCUCACAGAAAUCAACACCAGGCUCUCUACCUCCCCUGUCAAGGCAGAAUCUGAACCUAUAACCAUGGCCACUGAAACUGGUCCCCCAGGGACUUCAUCCCAAGGCACACUAGCCUGGGACACAUCAGACACAGCAUCGGGGGCACAGACACACUCAGCCGUGACUCAAGGUUCUCCACACUCAGAGAUGACCACUAGCGGGGACAGAGUUUCUGAAGAUGAGUCACCUGCCAGCCCUUCCUCUGAGCAGGACAUCAGCUCUCCAUCUUCCCUGCUGCCUUCUUUACAAGUUAUGUCCUUGACUUCUUCAGUGUCCCCCACACUGCCAGCCAGUAGUCCUUUUCCUUCUGACUCUGUCACCUCACCUCUCACCGCUGGCCUGCCGAGGACCCACAUCACAUGGGGUACGAGCUCGGAAGGUGUGAACAGUUCACCCUCAGGCCUGAGUCAGACCUCAGUGGAGAUAUGGGCCACGGCUGAAGCCUCUACCACCACAAAUACAAUGCCCCCUUCUGAAAACACAGCAGUGUCCCAGGUGGGGACCCUCGGUACCUCAAGGGAAUCCCACUCCUCGGCCCCGGCUGGCUCAGAAUCAGCCACAGGCACAUCUCUAGUCAAGACCUCCUCCCUCGAUGGGGACGCCAUGGUUUCCACUCCAAUGCCUGACCUGUCUGCAACCACGGAGAUAAAGGCACAGUCAAUGUCAUCCCAGGCCCCAGAACCACGGGAAACUGGAACAUCCCGACAUACCAGCUCAGCCCCAGAGGAAAUCACCGUCCUCUCUGAGCUGUCCACUGGUAAUAGUGCUGAGGCCUCUAGGACAGCUGUCAUCUCCCCUAGCAGGACAUCCAUCCCUGGACCUGGUCGGCCAACGUUGUCACCAGACAUCCCCACGGGUAUCAACAACAGGCUCUCUAUCUCACCUGUCAUCGCAGAAUCCUCACCCAUAUCCAUCGCCACCAAAACAGUUCCCCGACCGACUACAUCCCAAGGCAGUAUAGCCUGGGACUCAUCAGCCACAGCUUCGUGGACAGAGAUGCACUCGGUUGCGACUCAGAGUUCUCCACACUCAGAUGGGACUACUAGCGUGGACAGGGUUUCUGAGGAUAUGUCACGCAGAAGCCCUUCCACUGAGCAGGACAUCAGGUCUCCAUCUUCCCUGGAGCCUUUCCAUGCCAUGACCUCAGCCUCUGCAGUGUCCCCCACAUUACCAGCCACUAGCCCUUCUCCUCCUGCUUCUGUCACCUCACCUCUCACCCUCAGCCUCUUGAGGACAUGGGGCAUGAGCUCGGAAAGCGUGACCAGUUCAGACUCAGGCCCGAGCAGCAUCUCAGUGGAGACCCAGGCCACAUCUGAAGCCUCCUCCACUACAGAGGCCAUUCACCCUCCCAAAACCACAGCAGUGACCCACAUGGGGACCCUCAGUACUGCAUGGGAAGCCCACUCCUCAGCCCCAGCUGUCUCAGAGACAGCCACUGGCACAUCUCCGAUUGAGACCUCCCCCACUGGUGGGACCACAAUGGCUGUCACACCAAUGCCUGGCUCCUCUGGAACCACGGAGCCUCAGACACAGCCAAAGUCCUCCCUGGCCCCGCAACCACAGGAAAGCAUCACAUCCCAGCACACCACCUCAGCUACAGAGGAAAUUACUGUCCCUUCCGAGGUGUCCACUGGUACUAGGUCUGGGGUCUCCAGGACAGUGUUCAUCUCCCGGAGUGGAACUUCCAUCCCUGUCCCUACUCGGGCCACAGUGUCACCAGGCAUCCCCAUGGGAAUCAACACCAGGCUCUCUGCCUCACCAGUCAUGGCAGAAUCUUCACCUAUAGCCAAGGCCAGUGAAACCAUUCCCCCGGAAGCUAUAUCCCAGGGCAUGCUAGCCUGGGGCACAUUAGCGACAGCCUUGGAGCCUCAUACGCUCUCGGCUGUGACUCAGGGUUCUCCACCUUCAGACGUGAGCACUAGCAUGGGCAGGCGAUCUGAGGGUGUGUCACUCUCAAGCCCUUCUUCUGAGCAGGAUGCCAGCUCUCCAUCUUCCUUGGUGCCUGUACAUGCCAUGACCUCGUCCUCUGCAGUGUCCUCCACUCUGCCAGCCAGUAGUCCUUUUCCUUCUGACUCUGUCACCUCACCUCUCACCGCUGGCCUGCCGAGGACCCACAUCACAUGGGGUAUGAGCUCAGAAGGUGUAACUAGUUCACCCUCAGGUCUCAGUCAAACCUCAGUCGAUGUAUGGACCCCAUCUGAAGUCUCUACCACUACGGAAGCUAUUCACCCUUCUGAAAACACAGCAGUGACCCACAAGGGGACCCUCAGUUCCACAUGGGAAUCCCGCUCCUCGGCCCCAGCUGGCUCAGAGAUAGCCACAGGAAUGUCUCCGAUCAAGACGUCCUCCCUCGAUCGGGAUGCCACAGCUUCCACACCAACGGCUGGCCUCUCUGGAACCACGGAGCCUGAGACACAGUCACAGUCGUCCAUGGCCCCGGAACCACAGGAACCUGGCACAUUCCCCCAUACUAUCUCAGCCACAGAGGACAUGAGCAUCUCUUCCAAGGUCUCCACUGAGUCUAGUGCUGGGGCCUCCCGGACAGACGUCAUGUUCUCUAGCAGGACAUCCACCCCUGGCCCUGUUCAGCUCACAAUGUCACCAGACAUCCUCACAGAAAUCAACACCAGGCUCUCUACCUCCCCUGUCAAGGCAGAAUCUGAACCUAUAACCAUGGCCACUGAAACUGGUCCCCCAGGGACUUCAUCCCAAGGCACACUAGCCUGGGACACAUCAGACACAGCAUCGGGGGCACAGACACACUCAGCCGUGACUCAAGGUUCUCCACACUCAGAGAUGACCACUGGCGGGGACAGAGUUUCUGAAGAUGAGUCACCUGCCAGCCCUUCCUCUGAGCAGGACAUCAGCUCUCCAUCUUCCCUGCUGCCUUCUUUACAAGUUAUGUCCUUGACUUCUUCAGUGUCCCCCACACUGCCAGCCAGUAGUCCUUUUCCUUCUGACUCUGUCACCUCACCUCUCACCGCUGGCCUGCCGAGGACCCACAUCACAUGGGGUACGAGCUCGGAAGGUGUGAACAGUUCACCCUCAGGCCUGAGUCAGACCUCAGUGGAGAUAUGGGCCACGCCUGAAGCCUCUACCACCACAAAUACAAUGCCCCCUUCUGAAAACACAGCAGUGUCCCAGGUGGGGACCCUCGGUACCUCAAGGGAAUCCCACUCCUCGGCCCCGGCUGGCUCAGAAUCAGCCACAGGCACAUCUCUAGUCAAGACCUCCUCCCUCGAUGGGGACGCCAUGGUUUCCACUCCAAUGCCUGACCUGUCUGCAACCACGGAGAUAAAGGCACAGUCAAUGUCAUCCCAGGCCCCAGAACCACGGGAAACUGGAACAUCCCGACAUACCAGCUCAGCCCCAGAGGAAAUCACCGUCCUCUCUGAGCUGUCCACUGGUAAUAGUGCUGAGGCCUCUAGGACAGCUGUCAUCUCCCCUAGCAGGACAUCCAUCCCUGGACCUGGUCGGCCAACGUUGUCACCAGACAUCCCCACGGGUAUCAACAACAAGCUCUCUAUCUCACCUGUCAUCGCAGAAUCCUCACCCCUAUCCAACACCACCAAAACAGUUCCCCGACCGACUACAUCCCAAGGCAGUAUAGCCUGGGACUCAUCAGCCACAGCUUCGUGGACAGAGAUGCACUCGGUUGUGACUCAGAGUUCUCCACACUCAGAUGGGACUACUAGCGUGGACAGGGUUUCUGAGGAUAUGUCACGCAGAAGCCCUUCCACUGAGCAGGACAUCAGGUCUCCGUCUUCCCUGGAGCCUUUCCAUGCCAUGACCUCAGCCUCUGCAGUGUCCCCCACAUUACCAGCCACUAGCCCUUCUCCUCCUGCUUCUGUCACCUCACCUCUCACCCUCAGCCUCUUGAGGACAUGGGGCAUGAGCUCGGAAAGCGUGACCAGUUCAGACUCAGGCCCGAGCAGCAUCUCAGUGGAGACCCAGGCCACAUCUGAAGCCUCCUCCACUACAGAGGCCAUUCACCCUCCCAAAACCACAGCAGUGACCCACAUGGGGACCCUCAGUACUGCAUGGGAAGCCCACUCCUCAGCCCCAGCUGUCUCAGAGACAGCCACUGGCACAUCUCCGAUUGAGACCUCCCCCACUGGUGGGACCACAAUGGCUGUCACACCAAUGCCUGGCUCCUCUGGAACCACAGAGCCUCAGACACAGCCAAAGUCCUCCCUGGCCCCGCAACCACAGGAAAGCAUCACAUCCCAGCACACCACCUCAGCUACAGAGGAAAUUACUGUCCCUUUCGAGGUGUCCACUGGUACUAGGUCUGGGGUCUCCAGGACAGUGUUCAUCUCCCGGAGUGGAACUUCCAUCCCUGUCCCUACUCGGGCCACAGUGUCACCAGGCAUCCCCAUGGGAAUCAACACCAGGCUCUCUGCCUCACCAGUCAUGGCGGAAUCUUCACCUAUAGCCAAGGCCAGUGAAACCAUUCCCCCGGAAGCUAUAUCCCAGGGCAUGCUAGCCUGGGGCACAUUAGCGACAGCCUUGGAGCCUCAUACGCUCUCGGCUGUGACUCAGGGUUCUCCACCUUCAGACGUGAGCACUAGCAUGGGCAGGCGAUCUGAGGGUGUGUCACUCUCAAGCCCUUCUUCUGAGCAGGACGUCAGCUCUCCAUCUUCCUUGGUGCCUUUACAUGCCAUGACCUCGUCCUCUGCAGUGUCCUCCACUCUGCCAGCCAGUAGUCCUUUUCCUUCUGACUCUGUCACCUCACCUCUCACCGCUGGCCUGCCGAGGACCCACAUCACAUGGGGUACGAGCUCAGAAGGUGUAACUAGUUCACCCUCAGGUCUCAGUCAAACCUCAGUCGAUGUAUGGACCCCAUCUGAAGUCUCUACCACUACGGAAGCUAUUCACCCUUCUGAAAACACAGCAGUGACCCACAAGGGGACCCUCAGUUCCACAUGGGAAUCCCGCUCCUCGGCCCCAGCUGGCUCAGAGAUAGCCACAGGAAUGUCUCCGAUCAAGACGUCCUCCCUCGAUCGGGAUGCCACAGCUUCCACACCAACGGCUGGCCUCUCUGGAACCACGGAGCCUGAGACACAGUCACAGUCGUCCAUGGCCCCGGAACCACAGGAACCUGGCACAUUCCCCCAUACUAUCUCAGCCACAGAGGACAUGAGCAUCUCUUCCAAGGUCUCCACUGAGUCUAGUGCUGGGGCCUCCCGGACAGACGUCAUGUUCUCUAGCAGGACAUCCACCCCUGGCCCUGUUCAGCUCACAAUGUCACCAGACAUCCUCACAGAAAUCAACACCAGGCUCUCUACCUCCCCUGUCAAGGCAGAAUCUGAACCUAUAACCAUGGCCACUGAAACUGGUCCCCCAGGGACUUCAUCCCAAGGCACACUAGCCUGGGACACAUCAGACACAGCAUCGGGGGCACAGACACACUCAGCCGUGACUCAAGGUUCUCCACACUCAGAGAUGACCACUGGCGGGGACAGAGUUUCUGAAGAUGAGUCACCUGCCAGCCCUUCCUCUGAGCAGGACAUCAGCUCUCCAUCUUCCCUGCUGCCUUCUUUACAAGUUAUGUCCUUGACUUCUUCAGUGUCCCCCACACUGCCAGCCAGUAGUCCUUUUCCUUCUGACUCUGUCACCUCACCUCUCACCGCUGGCCUGCCGAGGACCCACAUCACAUGGGGUACGAGCUCGGAAGGUGUGAACAGUUCACCCUCAGGCCUGAGUCAGACCUCAGUGGAGAUAUGGGCUACGCCUGAAGCCUCUACCACUACAAAUACAAUGCCCCCUUCUGAAAACACAGCAGUGUCCCAGGUGGGGACCCUCGGUACCUCAAGGGAAUCCCACUCCUCGGCCCCGGCUGGCUCAGAAUCAGCCACAGGCACAUCUCUAGUCAAGACCUCCUCCCUCGAUGGAGACAUCAAGGCUUCCACUCCAAUUCCUGACCUGUCUGCAACCACGGAGAUAAAGGCACAGUCAAUGUCAUCCCAGGCCCCAGAACCACGGGAAACUGGAACAUCCCCCCAUACCAGCUCAGCCCCAGAGGAAAUCACCGUCCUUUCUCAGCUGUCCACUGGUAAUAGUGCUGAGGCCUCUAGGACAGCUGUCAUCUCCCCUAGCAGGACAUCCAUCCCUGGACCUGGUCGGCCAACGUUGUCACCAGACAUCCCCACGGGUAUCAACAACAGGAUCUCUAUCUCACCUGUCAUCGCAGAAUCCUCACCCAUAUCCAUCGCCACCAAAACAGUUCCCCAACCGACUACAUCCCAAGGCAGUAUAGCCUGGGACUCAUCAGCCACAGCUUCGUGGACAGAGAUGCACUCGGUUGUGACUCAGAGUUCUCCACACUCAGAUGGGACUACUAGCGUGGACAGGGUUUCUGAGGAUAUGUCACGCAGAAGCCCUUCCACUGAGCAGGACAUCAGGUCUCCAUCUUCCCUGGAGCCUUUCCAUGCCAUGACCUCAGCCUCUGCAGUGUCCCCCACAUUACCAGCCACUAGCCCUUCUCCUCCUGCUUCUGUCACCUCACCUCUCACCCUCAGCCUCUUGAGGACAUGGGGCAUGAGCUCGGAAAGCGUGACCAGUUCAGACUCAGGCCCGAGCAGCAUCUCAGUGGAGACCCAGGCCACAUCUGAAGCCUCCUCCACUACAGAGGCCAUUCACCCUCCCAAAACCACAGCAGUGACCCACAUGGGGACCCUCAGUACUGCAUGGGAAGCCCACUCCUCAGCCCCAGCUGUCUCAGAGACAGCCACUGGCACAUCUCCGAUUGAGACCUCCCCCACUGGUGGGACCACAAUGGCUGUCACACCAAUGCCUGGCUCCUCUGGAACCACGGAGCCUCAGACACAGCCAAAGUCCUCCCUGGCCCCGCAACCACAGGAAAGCAUCACAUCCCAGCACACCACCUCAGCUACAGAGGAAAUUACUGUCCCUUCCGAGGUGUCCACUGGUACUAGGUCUGGGGUCUCCAGGACAGUGUUCAUCUCCCGGAGUGGAACUUCCAUCCCUGUCCCUACUCGGGCCACAGUGUCACCAGGCAUCCCCAUGGGAAUCAACACCAGGCUCUCUGCCUCACCAGUCAUGGCGGAAUCUUCACCUAUAGCCAAGGCCAGUGAAACCAUUCCCCCGGAAGCUAUAUCCCAGGGCAUGCUAGCCUGGGGCACAUUAGCGACAGCCUUGGAGCCUCAUACGCUCUCGGCUGUGACUCAGGGUUCUCCACCUUCAGACGUGAGCACUAGCAUGGGCAGGCGAUCUGAGGGUGUGUCACUCUCAAGCCCUUCUUCUGAGCAGGACGUCAGCUCUCCAUCUUCCUUGGUGCCUUUACAUGCCAUGACCUCGUCCUCUGCAGUGUCCUCCACUCUGCCAGCCAGUAGUCCUUUUCCUUCUGACUCUGUCACCUCACCUCUCACCGCUGGCCUGCCGAGGACCCACAUCACAUGGGGUACGAGCUCAGAAGGUGUAACUAGUUCACCCUCAGGUCUCAGUCAAACCUCAGUCGAUGUAUGGACCCCAUCUGAAGUCUCUACCACUACGGAAGCUAUUCACCCUUCUGAAAACACAGCAGUGACCCACAAGGGGACCCUCAGUUCCACAUGGGAAUCCCGCUCCUCGGCCCCAGCUGGCUCAGAGAUAGCCACAGGAAUGUCUCCGAUCAAGACGUCCUCCCUCGAUCGGGAUGCCACAGCUUCCACACCAACGGCUGGCCUCUCUGGAACCACGGAGCCUGAGACACAGUCACAGUCGUCCAUGGCCCCGGAACCACAGGAACCUGGCACAUUCCCCCAUACUAUCUCAGCCACAGAGGACAUGAGCAUCUCUUCCAAGGUCUCCACUGAGUCUAGUGCUGGGGCCUCCCGGACAGACGUCAUGUUCUCUAGCAGGACAUCCACCCCUGGCCCUGUUCAGCUCACAAUGUCACCAGACAUCCUCACAGAAAUCAACACCAGGCUCUCUACCUCCCCUGUCAAGGCAGAAUCUGAACCUAUAACCAUGGCCACUGAAACUGGUCCCCCAGGGACUUCAUCCCAAGGCACACUAGCCUGGGACACAUCAGACACAGCAUCGGGGGCACAGACACACUCAGCCGUGACUCAAGGUUCUCCACACUCAGAGAUGACCACUGGCGGGGACAGAGUUUCUGAAGAUGAGUCACCUGCCAGCCCUUCCUCUGAGCAGGACAUCAGCUCUCCAUCUUCCCUGCUGCCUUCUUUACAAGUUAUGUCCUUGACUUCUUCAGUGUCCCCCACACUGCCAGCCAGUAGUCCUUUUCCUUCUGACUCUGUCACCUCACCUCUCACCGCUGGCCUGCCGAGGACCCACAUCACAUGGGGUACGAGCUCGGAAGGUGUGAACAGUUCACCCUCAGGCCUGAGUCAGACCUCAGUGGAGAUAUGGGCCACGCCUGAAGCCUCUACCACCACAAAUACAAUGCCCCCUUCUGAAAACACAGCAGUGUCCCAGGUGGGGACCCUCGGUACCUCAAGGGAAUCCCACUCCUCGGCCCCGGCUGGCUCAGAAUCAGCCACAGGCACAUCUCUAGUCAAGACCUCCUCCCUCGAUGGGGACGCCAUGGUUUCCACUCCAAUGCCUGACCUGUCUGCAACCACGGAGAUAAAGGCACAGUCAAUGUCAUCCCAGGCCCCAGAACCACGGGAAACUGGAACAUCCCGACAUACCAGCUCAGCCCCAGAGGAAAUCACCGUCCUCUCUGAGCUGUCCACUGGUAAUAGUGCUGAGGCCUCUAGGACAGCUGUCAUCUCCCCUAGCAGGACAUCCAUCCCUGGACCUGGUCGGCCAACGUUGUCACCAGACAUCCCCACGGGUAUCAACAACAAGCUCUCUAUCUCACCUGUCAUCGCAGAAUCCUCACCCCUAUCCAACACCACCAAAACAGUUCCCCGACCGACUACAUCCCAAGGCAGUAUAGCCUGGGACUCAUCAGCCACAGCUUCGUGGACAGAGAUGCACUCGGUUGUGACUCAGAGUUCUCCACACUCAGAUGGGACUACUAGCGUGGACAGGGUUUCUGAGGAUAUGUCACGCAGAAGCCCUUCCACUGAGCAGGACAUCAGGUCUCCGUCUUCCCUGGAGCCUUUCCAUGCCAUGACCUCAGCCUCUGCAGUGUCCCCCACAUUACCAGCCACUAGCCCUUCUCCUCCUGCUUCUGUCACCUCACCUCUCACCCUCAGCCUCUUGAGGACAUGGGGCAUGAGCUCGGAAAGCGUGACCAGUUCAGACUCAGGCCCGAGCAGCAUCUCAGUGGAGACCCAGGCCACAUCUGAAGCCUCCUCCACUACAGAGGCCAUUCACCCUCCCAAAACCACAGCAGUGACCCACAUGGGGACCCUCAGUACUGCAUGGGAAGCCCACUCCUCAGCCCCAGCUGUCUCAGAGACAGCCACUGGCACAUCUCCGAUUGAGACCUCCCCCACUGGUGGGACCACAAUGGCUGUCACACCAAUGCCUGGCUCCUCUGGAACCACAGAGCCUCAGACACAGCCAAAGUCCUCCCUGGCCCCGCAACCACAGGAAAGCAUCACAUCCCAGCACACCACCUCAGCUACAGAGGAAAUUACUGUCCCUUUCGAGGUGUCCACUGGUACUAGGUCUGGGGUCUCCAGGACAGUGUUCAUCUCCCGGAGUGGAACUUCCAUCCCUGUCCCUACUCGGGCCACAGUGUCACCAGGCAUCCCCAUGGGAAUCAACACCAGGCUCUCUGCCUCACCAGUCAUGGCGGAAUCUUCACCUAUAGCCAAGGCCAGUGAAACCAUUCCCCCGGAAGCUAUAUCCCAGGGCAUGCUAGCCUGGGGCACAUUAGCGACAGCCUUGGAGCCUCAUACGCUCUCGGCUGUGACUCAGGGUUCUCCACCUUCAGACGUGAGCACUAGCAUGGGCAGGCGAUCUGAGGGUGUGUCACUCUCAAGCCCUUCUUCUGAGCAGGACGUCAGCUCUCCAUCUUCCUUGGUGCCUUUACAUGCCAUGACCUCGUCCUCUGCAGUGUCCUCCACUCUGCCAGCCAGUAGUCCUUUUCCUUCUGACUCUGUCACCUCACCUCUCACCGCUGGCCUGCCGAGGACCCACAUCACAUGGGGUACGAGCUCAGAAGGUGUAACUAGUUCACCCUCAGGUCUCAGUCAAACCUCAGUCGAUGUAUGGACCCCAUCUGAAGUCUCUACCACUACGGAAGCUAUUCACCCUUCUGAAAACACAGCAGUGACCCACAAGGGGACCCUCAGUUCCACAUGGGAAUCCCGCUCCUCGGCCCCAGCUGGCUCAGAGAUAGCCACAGGAAUGUCUCCGAUCAAGACGUCCUCCCUCGAUCGGGAUGCCACAGCUUCCACACCAACGGCUGGCCUCUCUGGAACCACGGAGCCUGAGACACAGUCACAGUCGUCCAUGGCCCCGGAACCACAGGAACCUGGCACAUUCCCCCAUACUAUCUCAGCCACAGAGGACAUGAGCAUCUCUUCCAAGGUCUCCACUGAGUCUAGUGCUGGGGCCUCCCGGACAGACGUCAUGUUCUCUAGCAGGACAUCCACCCCUGGCCCUGUUCAGCUCACAAUGUCACCAGACAUCCUCACAGAAAUCAACACCAGGCUCUCUACCUCCCCUGUCAAGGCAGAAUCUGAACCUAUAACCAUGGCCACUGAAACUGGUCCCCCAGGGACUUCAUCCCAAGGCACACUAGCCUGGGACACAUCAGACACAGCAUCGGGGGCACAGACACACUCAGCCGUGACUCAAGGUUCUCCACACUCAGAGAUGACCACUGGCGGGGACAGAGUUUCUGAAGAUGAGUCACCUGCCAGCCCUUCCUCUGAGCAGGACAUCAGCUCUCCAUCUUCCCUGCUGCCUUCUUUACAAGUUAUGUCCUUGACUUCUUCAGUGUCCCCCACACUGCCAGCCAGUAGUCCUUUUCCUUCUGACUCUGUCACCUCACCUCUCACCGCUGGCCUGCCGAGGACCCACAUCACAUGGGGUACGAGCUCGGAAGGUGUGAACAGUUCACCCUCAGGCCUGAGUCAGACCUCAGUGGAGAUAUGGGCCACGCCUGAAGCCUCUACCACUACAAAUACAAUGCCCCCUUCUGAAAACACAGCAGUGUCCCAGGUGGGGACCCUCGGUACCUCAAGGGAAUCCCACUCCUCGGCCCCGGCUGGCUCAGAAUCAGCCACAGGCACAUCUCUAGUCAAGACCUCCUCCCUCGAUGGAGACAUCAAGGCUUCCACUCCAAUUCCUGACCUGUCUGCAACCACGGAGAUAAAGGCACAGUCAAUGUCAUCCCAGGCCCCAGAACCACGGGAAACUGGAACAUCCCCCCAUACCAGCUCAGCCCCAGAGGAAAUCACCGUCCUUUCUCAGCUGUCCACUGGUAAUAGUGCUGAGGCCUCUAGGACAGCUGUCAUCUCCCCUAGCAGGACAUCCAUCCCUGGACCUGGUCGGCCAACGUUGUCACCAGACAUCCCCACGGGUAUCAACAACAGGAUCUCUAUCUCACCUGUCAUCGCAGAAUCCUCACCCAUAUCCAUCGCCACCAAAACAGUUCCCCAACCGACUACAUCCCAAGGCAGUAUAGCCUGGGACUCAUCAGCCACAGCUUCGUGGACAGAGAUGCACUCGGUUGUGACUCAGAGUUCUCCACACUCAGAUGGGACUACUAGCGUGGACAGGGUUUCUGAGGAUAUGUCACGCAGAAGCCCUUCCACUGAGCAGGACAUCAGGUCUCCAUCUUCCCUGGAGCCUUUCCAUGCCAUGACCUCAGCCUCUGCAGUGUCCCCCACAUUACCAGCCACUAGCCCUUCUCCUCCUGCUUCUGUCACCUUACCUCUCACCCUCAGCCUCUUGAGGACAUGGGGCAUGAGCUCGGAAAGCGUGACCAGUUCAGACUCAGGCCCGAGCAGCAUCUCAGUGGAGACCCAGGCCACAUCUGAAGCCUCCUCCACUACAGAGGCCAUUCACCCUCCCAAAACCACAGCAGUGACCCACAUGGGGACCCUCAGUACUGCAUGGGAAGCCCACUCCUCAGCCCCAGCUGUCUCAGAGACAGCCACUGGCACAUCUCCGAUUGAGACCUCCCCCACUGGUGGGACCACAAUGGCUGUCACACCAAUGCCUGGCUCCUCUGGAACCACGGAGCCUCAGACACAGCCAAAGUCCUCCCUGGCCCCGCAACCACAGGAAAGCAUCACAUCCCAGCACACCACCUCAGCUACAGAGGAAAUUACUGUCCCUUCCGAGGUGUCCACUGGUACUAGGUCUGGGGUCUCCAGGACAGUGUUCAUCUCCCGGAGUGGAACUUCCAUCCCUGUCCCUACUCGGGCCACAGUGUCACCAGGCAUCCCCAUGGGAAUCAACACCAGGCUCUCUGCCUCGCCAGUUAUGGCAGAAUCUUCACCUAUAGCCAAGGCCAGUGAAACCAUUCCCCCGGAAGCUAUAUCCCAGGGCAUGCUAGCCUGGGGCACAUUAGCGACAGCCUUGGAGCCUCAUACGCUCUCGGCUGUGACUCAGGGUUCUCCACCUUCAGACGUGAGCACUAGCAUGGGCAGGCGAUCUGAGGGUGUGUCACUCUCAAGCCCUUCUUCUGAGCAGGAUGCCAGCUCUCCAUCUUCCUUGGUGCCUGUACAUGCCAUGACCUCGUCCUCUGCAGUGUCCUCCACUCUGCCAGCCAGUAGUCCUUUUCCUUCUGACUCUGUCACCUCACCUCUCACCGCUGGCCUGCCGAGGACCCACAUCACAUGGGGUACGAGCUCAGAAGGUGUAACUAGUUCACCCUCAGGUCUCAGUCAAACCUCAGUCGAUGUAUGGACCCCAUCUGAAGUCUCUACCACUACGGACGCUAUUCACCCUUCUGAAAACACAGCAGUGACCCACAAGGGGACCCUCAGUUCCACAUGGGAAUGCCGCUCCUCGGCCCCAGCUGGCUCAGAGAUAGCCACAGGAAUGUCUCCGAUCAAGACGUCCUCCCUCGAUCGGGAUGCCACAGCUUCCACACCAAUGGCUGGCCUCUCUGGAACCACGGAGCCUGAGACACAGUCACAGUCGUCCAUGGCCCCGGAACCACAGGAAACUGGCACAUUCCCCCAUACUAUCUCAGCCACAGAGCACAUGAGCAUCUCUUCCAAGGUCUCCACUGAGUCUAGUGCUGGGGCCUCCAGGACAGACGUCAUGUUCUCUAGCAGGACAUCCACCCCUGGCCCUGUUCAGCUCACGAUGUCACCAGAUAUCCUCACAGAAAUCAACACCAGGCUCUCUACCUCCCCUGUCAUGGCGGAAUCUGAACCUAUAACCAUGGCCACUGAAACCGUUCCCCCUGGGGCUACAUCCCAGGACCAAGUAGCCUGGGACACAACAGCCACAACAUUAGGGGCACCGACACACUUGGCUGUGACUCAGGGUUUUCCACAUUCAGUGGUGACCUCUAGUGUGGACAGAGAUUAUGAGGGUGAGUCACCCACCAGCCCUUCCUCUGAGCAGAACAUCAGCUCUCCAUCUUCCCUGGUGCCUUUACAUGCUAUGACCUCAGCCUCUGCAGUGUCCCCCACACUUCCAACCGGUAGGCCUUCUCCUCUUGCUCCUGUCACCUCACCACCUCUCACCACUGGCCUGCCAACAAUCCACAGCACGUGGGGCACGAGCACAGAAGGUGUGAUCAGUUCACCCUCAGUUCUGACCAGCACGUUAGUGGACACUUGGGCCACAUCUGAAGCCUCUACCCCUACAGAGGCCAUUCACCCUCCUGAAUACACAGCAGUCACCCAUGCGGCAACCCUCCGUUCUGCCCAGGAAUCCCACUCCUCGUCCCCAGCCUCAUCAGAACCAGCCACAGGAACAUCUCCAAUCGAGACCUCCUCCAUCGGUCAAGACACCACGGCUUCCACACCAAUGCCUGGCCUCUUGGGAACCACAGAGAAGGAAACAGUGUCAUCGUCAUCCCUGGCCCCGGAACUGUGGGAAUUGGACUCCUUUCAGCACACCAGCUCAGCCACAGAGGAAAUCACCGUCCCCCCUCAGGUGUCCACAGGUUCUAGUGCUGAGGCCUCCAGGACAGACGUCAUCUCCCACAGCAGGACAUCCAUCCCUGUCCCUUCUCAGCCCACAAUGUCCCCUGACAUCCCCAUGGGAAUCAACACCAGGCUCUCUACCUCCCUUAUUGAGGCAGAAUCUGCACAUAUAAUCAUGGCCACCAGAAUAGUUCCUGCAGGAGCUACCUCCCAGGGCACACUAGCCUGGUCCACAUCAGCCUCAGCUGGGCGGUCUCAUAUACACUCAGCAAUAACUCAGGGUUCUCCACGCUCAGAGGUGACCACUAGCAUGGAAAGAGUUUCUGAGAAUGAGUCACACACAAGCCCUUCCUCUGAGCAAGACAUCAAUUCUCCAUCUUCCCUGGUGCCUUUCCAUGCCAUGACCUCAACUUCUGCAGUGCCCCCCACGCUGCCAGCCACUGGUCCUUCUCUGGUUCCUGUCACCUCACCUCUCACCCCUGGCCUGAUGAGGACCCCCAGCACGUGGGGCAUGAGCUCAGAAGGGGUGACCAGUUCACCCUCAGGUCUAACCAGCAUCUCAGUGGUGGAGACUCGGGCCACGUCUGAAUACUCUACUGCUACAGAGGCCAUUUCCCAUGCCAAAAACACAGCGAUGACUCACACAGGAUCCCUCAGUUCCACAUGGGAAUCCCACUCCUCGGCCCCAAAUGGCUCAGAGCCAGCCACAGGAAUGUCUCCAGUCGAGACCUCCUCCCUCAGUGGGGACACCCUGGCUUCCACACAAAUGCCUGGCCUCUCUGGAACCACAGAGACUGAGAUACAGUCAGCGUCGUCCCUGGCCCUGGAACCACGGGAAACCAGCACAUCCUGGCACAUCAGCUCAGCCACAGAGGAAAUCACCGUCCCUCCUGAGGUGUCCACUGGUACUAGUCCUGAGACCACCAGGACAGCCAUCAUGUCCCCCAGCAGGACAUCCAUCCCUGGCCCUGGUCAGGCUACAGUGUCACCAGACAUCCCCACAGAAAUCAAAACCAGGCUCUCUACCUACCCUGUCAAGGCAGAAUCUGAACCUAUAACAAUGACCACUGAAACUGUCCCCCUGGGUGCUACACCCCAGGGCACACUAGCCUGGGACACAUCAGUCACAGCAUCAGGGGCACAGACACACUUGGUUGUGACUCAGGGUUCUCCACGCUCAGAGAUGACCGCUAGCAUGGACACAGGUUCUGAGGAUGCGUCACCCACCAGCCCUUCCUCUGAGCAAGACAUCAGCUCUCCAUCUUCCUUGAUGCCUUUACCUGCCAUGUCCUCGAUUUCUGCAGUGUCUCCCACACUGCCAGCCACUAGCCCUUCUCCACCUGAUCAUGUCACCUCAUCUCUCACCCCUGACCUGCUGACGAUCCCUGGUACAUGGGACAUGAGCUUGGAAGGUGUGACCAGUUCACCCUCAGGUCUAAGCAGCACAUUAGUGGACAUCCGGACCUCAUCUGAAGCCUCUUCCACUAUAGAGGCCAUUUACCUUCCUGAAAACACAGCAGUGACCCACGUGGGGACCCUCAGUUCUGUAGGGGAUUCCCACUCCUCUGCCCCAGCUGGCUCAGAGACAGCCACAGGCACGUCUCCAGUUGAGACUUCUUCCCUCCGUGGGGAUGCCACAGCCUCCAUGCCGAUGCCUGGCUUCUCUGGAACCACACAGACUGUGACAUUGUCAAUGUCAUCUCUGGCCCUGGAACCAUGGGAAAGUGGCAUGUAUCCCCACACCAGCUCAGCUCCAGAGGAAAGCACUGUCCCUUCCAAGGUGCCCACUGGUAUUAGUCCUGAGGCCUCCAGGACAGCCGUCAUAUCCCCCAAGGGAACAUCCAUCCCUGUCCCUAUUUGGCCCACAAUUUCAAAAGACUUCACCUCGAGAAUCAACACCAAGCUCUCUACCUCCCCCGUCGUGGCAGAAGCUGCACCUAAAACCAUGGCGACUGAAACUGUUCCCCUGGAGGCUACAUCCCAGGGCACAUUUCCUUGGAACACAUCAGCCACAGCCUCAGGGGCUCAUAUGCACUCGGGUAUGACUCAGGAUUCUAUAGGAGCAGAGAUGACCACUAGUGCGGACAGAGGUUCUGAGGAUGAGUCACGUACCAGCCCAUCCUCUGAGCAGGACAUCAGCUCUCCAUUUCCCCUGGUGCCUUCCCAUGCCAUGACCUCAGCUUCUUCAGUGUCCAACACACUGCCAGCCAGUAGUCCUUUUCCUUCUGACUCUGUCACCUUACCUGUCACCACUGGCCUGCUGAGGUCCCACAGCACAUGGGGUAUGAGCUCAGAAAGUGUGACCAGUUCACCUUCAGGUCUGAGUCAGACCUCAGUGGAAAUACAGGACACGUCUGAAGCCUCUACCACUGCCAAGUCCAUUCACCCUCCCGAAAACACAGCAGUGACCCAUGUGGGGACCCUCAGUACUGCAUGGGAAGUCCACUCCUCAGCCCCAGCUGGCUCAACAACAGCCCCACGCAUGUCUCCAAUUGAGACCUUCUCCGUUGAUGGAGACACCAUGGCUCCCACACCAAUGCCUGGCCUCUCUGGAACCAUGGAGACUGACACACAGUCAACGUCGCCUCUCGCCCUGGAAAUGAGGGAAACCAUCAUGUCCCAGCCCACCAGCUCAGCCCCAGAGGACAUCAGCAUCCCUUCUGAGGUCUUCACUGGGACCAGUGCUGAGGCUUCCAGGACAGACAUCAUGUCCCCCAGCAGGACAUCUGUGCCUGGCCCUGUUCAGCCCACAAUGUCACCAGACAUCCCUAUGGAAUUCAACACUGGGCUUUCUACCUCUUCCCCUAGUGUUGAUAUUGGAAAAGUCACCAUCAUCACCAAGAAAGGGCCUGCCAGUGUAACCUCCUUCCCAGAACCCAAGCUUUCUGUGUCUGUAUCAGAAAGGACUCAUCACCUGAGCACAGUAAUGCUGUCUUCAGCUGAGACCCUUUCAGCUGACACAUUGGCACCUUCUCCGUCAGCGGCUACAUCUGGAGUCCCAGGUGCCAGCUCAGCCGCCUUCUCAGCCAGUCCAUUAUUUUGGACGCAACAAGGCCCUAGAGAUGCUCUGUCCAGUAUGGCAGACAGUCUACCUUCAUCAGUUUCAACGCCUUUCCCCUCUUCGGCCUCCACUACCACAGAUGUUUCAACCAGCCCAGCCCCCCAGGGGAGCACUUCCUCAACGGCUACCCUGCACACAGUGGCCACCAACACUGGGACAGAGGGCAGCACUGCUGAAGGACCCUUGGUUGUGGCCAGUACUUUGGAGACAUGGACCAAGCCAGUCAGGACAUCUUUAUCAUCCAGUGUGGAUACCAGAAUGACAGAGCAGAUUCACUUAGGAACAGAGACGAGGGCUUCUCAACUUCCUCCACACUCAACACAGCUGACAAGGACUGAUGGCGUCGUGGAGCGUAUUACAAAGAUACCCAAUGAAGCAGCCCAUGGAGGUGUCACAGGACCAGUCCAUGUACAUGUGGCACCCACAUCAUCUGCCAGUCCUACAGGACUACCAACAGACUGGAUGGAGAGAGCAGAGACCACAGCUCUGAAGACCACCUCUACAGCAACUCUGACCACUACUGUCUCUACCCCCGCUUCGGGAACAUGGACUCUCCUCAGGACAUCAGGCAAGGUGACCAGCACAAGCACAAGAGGAACGAUCAUUUCAACCCCAGAUAUUUCCUCUGAUGUUCUACAGAUGACCGCCUCAUUGGCCACCAUACCUGGAGCAGAGACCAGCACAGAAGUUCCCAGGACAACCCCAUCUGUUUUCAAUAGAGGCUCACAGACUACACCCUCACUGGUCCCUAGUUCUGAUGCAGAGAACGGUCCAGCUUCUUCAACUCUGGCUGUUUCCCUUGGUGAGCCAGAGACCACAACCUCACGAGCCUUUCAUUCUGCAGAGACCAGCUUGACUGGUUCCAGGGCAACCUUGAGUGUUUCCCACAGCGAAUCAGACAGCACACCCCCGACAGCUACUGGUUCUGGGGAAAAAGUCAGUUUAGCAGUUCCAACUCUGACUGUCUUUCCUGGUGUACCAGAAAUGGUGACCUCACUGGUAACUAGUCCUGGGGCAGAGAUGAGCACAGUUAUUUCAACUCUGACUGACUCCCAAGAUGAACCAGAGACCAACACCUCAUGGGUCACCCAACCUGGGGCACUGAGCGGUUCAUCUAUUCCAGUUCCAAGUGUCCUUCCUGGUGAGCCAGGGCUGGUGACCUCAAUGGAUACUAGUUCUGGAGCAGAGACCAGCCCAACCGAUCAAACUGCGACUACUUCCCCUGGUGAGCCAAAUGCAGCAGCCUCAUUGGUUACCUAUCCUGGGGCACAGACCAGUUCAGCCAUUCCAACUCCAGCCAUUUCCCCUGGUGUAUCAGGGGUGGGAAUCUCACCAGUUACCAGUUCUGGAGCAGAGACCAAUACAACUUUUACACAUCUGACUGAUUCUCCACAUGAACCAGAGACAACAGCCUCAUGGGUCACCCCUCCUGGGACAGAAGCCAUUUCCACUGUUGCAACUUCAACUGUUUCCCCUGGUGAGCCAGAUGCAACGGCCUUGUGGGUUCAUUCCACAGAGAAUAGCACACGUGUUUCCAGAAUAACUCCAAAAUUUUCCCAAAGUGAAUUAGACACCAUACUCUCAAUGGCCACCACUCCUAGGGUAGAAGCCAGUUCAGCCAUUCCAACAGUGACUGUCUCAUCUGGUGUGCCAGCUACAGUGACCUCCCAGACCACUAGUUCUGGGACAGACACCAGUACAACCUUUUCUACUCUGACUGAAUCCCUGUAUGGAUCAGACACAACAGUCUCCUUGGUCACCCAUCCUGCAGUGUCCAACCCAACAGUUCCCAGGACAACCCCCAGUGUUUCCCAUAGUGAAUCAUAUAGCAAACCCUCAACAGCCACCAGCCUUGAGACAGAAGCCAGUUCAGCUGUUCCAACUACACCUAUCUCCCCUGACGUACCAGAUAUGGUGACCUCACAGGCCACUAGCUCUGGGACAGAUGCCAGUAUGGUUAUUUCAACUCUGACUCUUCCUCCUGGAGAACCAGUGAACAUAGUCUCAUGGGUUAAUCAUCCUGGAGCACAGACCAGUUCUUCCAUCCCAACUCUGACCUUCUCCCCUGGUGUAUCAGGAGUGGGGACCUCACUGGUCACUAAUUCUGAGGCAGAGACAAGUACGAUUUUUCCAACUCUGACUGAUUACCCACAUGAAUCAGAGACAGCCUUACAGGUCACCCAUUCCUCAGAGACCAGCACACCUGUUUCCAGAAUAACUCCAAAUUUCUCCCAUAGUGAAUCAGGUACCACACUCUCAACAGCCACCACUCCCGGGGCAGAAGUCAGUUCAUUUUCAGCUACAACUAUCUCACCAGGCAUACCAGGGUUGGUGACCUUAGUGGUUACCAGUUCUGGGGUAGAGACGAGUACAACUUUUUCAACUCUGGCUGAUUCUCUGCAUGAACUGGAGGCCACAGCCUCAUGGGUCGCCUUUUCAGAGAAAGAAGCCCGUUCAGCUAUUCCAACUCUGCCUACUUCUUACCCUGAGGAGCCAGAUACAGCAGUCUCAUUGGUCACCCAUCCUGCAGAGACCAGCUCAACUAUUCCCAAGGCAACACCCAAUUUUUCUUACAGUGAAUCAGAUACCAUACAUUCAAUAGCUACCAGUUCUGGGGCACAGACAAGUUCAGCCAUUCCAACUCUGACCAUCUCCCCUGGUGUACCAGAGGUAGAAAUCUCACUGGCCACAAGUUCUGGGCCAGAGACAAGUACAGCUUUUACAACUCUGACUCUUUCUCCAGGUCAAAUGGAGACCACAGGCUCAUGGGUCACCCAUUCUGAGACAGAGUUCAGUUCAGCUGUUCCAACUCUGCCUGCUUCCCCUGGGGAGCCAGAUACAGUAGUCUCAUUGGUCACCCAUCCUGCAGAGACCAGCCCAACAGUUUCCAGGACAACUCCCAAUGUUUCCCAUAGUGAAUUGUAUACCACAUACACAAUGGCCACCAGCCAUGGGGCAGAAGCCAGUUCAGCUGUUCCAACUCCAACUGUCCCCCCUGGUGUACCAGAUAUGGUGACCUCACAGGUCACUAGUUCUGAGAAAGAGGCCAGUACAGUCAUUCCCACUCUGAAUCUUUUUCCUGGUGAGCCAGGGACCACAGCCUCAACAAUCAUUUAUUCUGAGAUCCAGACCAGCUCAGCCAUUCCAGCUCCACCUGUCUCCUCUACUGUGCCAGAGCUGGUGACCUCACUGGUCACCAGUUCUGGGGUGGAAGCCAGUACAAUGUUUACAACUCUGACUGAUUCCCCACAAAAGGCAGAGAUGACAGCCUCAUGGGUCACCCAUUCUGGGACAGAAACCAGUUCAGCUGUUCCAACUCUGACUAUUUCUCCUAAGGAGACAAAUACAACAGUCUCAUCAGUCACUCAUUCUGAAGAAACUAGCCCAACUGUCCCCAAAACAACUACAGUUUUUUCCAAAGGUGAACCAGACACCACACAGUCAAUAGCCACCAGCCAUGGGGAAGAAACCAGUUCAGUGGUUCCAACUCCAACUGUCUCCCUUGGUGCACCAGAUAUGGUGACCUCUCACGUUCCUAUUUCUGAGACAGAUGCCAAUAUGACUAUUCCAAGUCUGACUCUUUCUCCUGGUGAGCCAGCAACCACAGGCUUAUUGGUCACCCACCCCAGUGCAAAGACAAGUACACAUUUUCCUGGUUCAACUGCUUUUCCUCAUUUACCAGAGACCAUAGCCUCACUCUCCGUCCAACCUGAGCUGGAGAUGAGUACAGCUCCUCCAGUUCGGACUGUUUCCCUCGGUCUACCAGAGACAACAGCCUUCACCACAUCCAUGACGGAGACCAGCAGAGUUGAUCUGGGUCCAACAGUCUCACCUGGUGUUCCUGUAGAAACAGCCUCACUCUCCACCCAUCUUGGCACAGACAUCACAACUAUUUCAACGUCAACUCUUUCCCCUGUGUUAUUGAAGACCACAGGCUUAUUGGCCACCAGCCCUGCAUCAGAGGCCAGCACAGGUGGCCCAACUUUGACUGCUGGUGUUCUUGGGCCUGUCAGUACCCCUGAAACCACUGGUGAGUCUCAUACCUUAACUUCCUGGAGCACAGAACCCUCACCACCUGUGACCUCAGUUGAACUGGAAUUGUCCAAGACUGUGACAGGGGACACUGUGACCUUGAUAGCAUCAGAGACCCCAACACCACCUAAAACCAGUCACAGAGACGGAUCGAGUCCAACUGCUAUGCUGAAAACCACAACUCCUGAGACCACUAAUUUAGCUGCCACAGGCUCAGGCCCCAUCAUGGCGGAGACCACAGCCACCUUCAAUACAUCUGUGGCAAGUCCCUUUGUCCCUGAGACCUCACCUGGGAUGUCCACCCUGACCUCUCUGAGUGUGACUUCAGAAACAACUGCAGCCCCUUUCUUGAUGCCUUUUACUGUCAACUUCACCAUCACCAGCCUGCACUACACCGAGGACAUGGGGAACUCGGGCUCUGAGAUAUUCAUUGCCACUGAGAGACACCUGCAGCACCUGCUCAGGACUCUGUUCGAAAACAGCAGUGUUGGUUCCCUCUAUGAUGGCUGCAGGCUGACCUUGUUCAGGGCUGAGAAGGAUGGGACAAGCACCAGGAUAGAUGCAGUCUGUACCUACCGCCCAGAUCCCACUGGCUUCAGGCUGGACAGAGAGCAGCUCUACCAGGAGCUAAGCCAGCAGACCCAUGGCAUCACUCAGCUGGGCCCCUACACCCUGGACAGGAACAGUCUCUGUGUCAAUGGUUAUAACCAUCAGUACUGGACCCCCACCACCAGCACUCUGGUGACCUCCACAUUUUCUCCAGGACCAUCGAUAUCUCUGCACCCCACCCCCAGCUCUACAGUUGUGGGCCCAGCCCUGGUGCCAUUCACCCUCAACUUCACCAUCACCAACCUGCUCUGCACCCCAGACAUGAGGCACCCAGGCUCCAUGAAGUUCAAUUCCACUGAGAGGGCCCUGAAUCGCCUGCUUGGUCCCUUGUUCAAGAACACCAGUAUUGGCCCACGGUACUCUGGCUGCAGACUGACCUUGCUCAGGACUGAGAAGGGUGGAACAGCAACAGGAGUGGACGUGAUCUGCACUUAUCAUCCUGACCCCAUGAGCCCUGGGCUGAACAGAGAAGAAUUGUACCAGGAGCUGAGUCAGCUGACCCGCGGUGUCACCUGGCUGGGCACCUACACCCUGGACAGAGACAGUCUCUAUGUCAAUGGUUAUAACCACCGGUACUGGAACCCUACCACCAGCACUCCAGUGACUUCUACAUUCUCUCCAGAAUCUUCCACAUCUCAGCCCCCCAUCCUCAGCUCUACAGGUGUGAGCCUGUCUCUGGUGCCCUUCACCCUCAACUUCACCAUCACCAACCUGCGCUACACAGAGGGCAUGGGGCCCCCGGGAUCUGAGCUAUUCAACUCUGUAGAGAGGAUCUUGAAUCGUCUGCUCAAACCCUUGUUCCAGAACAGCAGCAUUGGGCCCCUCUAUUAUGGCUGCAGAUUGACCUUGCUCAGGCCUGAGAAAAAGGGAACAGCCACUGGAGUUGAUGCUGUCUGUACUCACCAUCCUGACCCCAUGGGCCCUAAGCUAGACAGAGAGAAGCUGUACUGGGAGCUGAGCCAUCAGACCCAUGGUGUCACCCAGCUGGGCUCCUUCACCCUGGACAAGAACAGCCUCUAUGUCAAUGGUUACACCCACUGGACCUCAGCCCCCACACCCAGUGCUCCUGUGACCCCUGUGCACUUCCCAGGGACCUCGAUGGUGCCAGCCCACUUCUCCAGCUCCACAGCUGCUGGUCCUGCCCCAGUGCCCUUCACCCUGAACUUUACCAUCAUCAACCUGCACUACACGAAGGACAUGCAGCCGAGCUCGGCAAAGUUUAACUACACAGAGUCAGCUCUACAAUGCCUGCUCAAGCCCUUGUUUGCCAACAGCAGCAUUGGUCCACUCUACAUUGGCUGCAGAGUGACCACACUAAGGCCUGAAAGGGGUGGAACAGCCACUGGAGUUGACGCUGUCUGCACCUACCGACCUGGCCCGUCGGGUCUCCAGCUGGACAGGGAGCGCCUCUACUGGGAACUGAGCCGCCAGACCCAUGGUGUCACCCAGCUCGGUUCCUACAUCCUGGACAGGGACCGUCUCUAUGUCAACGGUUACACCAGAUCACCACUGACCCCCAUCCCCAGUGUUCCUGUGAUUUCCACACCCUCAGGAACCUCAGUAGCUCCAAUCUCCUUCUCCAGCUCUACAGUCUCCGGCCCUGGCCUGGUUCCAUUCACCCUCAACUUCACCAUCACCAACCUGCACUACACAGAGAGCAUGCAGUUUAUGGGUUCAGCCAAGUUCAACGAAAUAGAGAAGGUCUUGCAGAGCCUGCUCAGACCCUUAUUCAAGAACACCAGUGUCGGCCCCCUCUACUCUGGCUGCAGACUGACCUCGCUCAGGCCCGAGAAGGCUGGAGCAGCCACCAGGGUGAACACAAUCUGCUCCUACCGCCCCGACCCUGCGGGCCGCGGGCUGGAUAGAGAGAAGCUGUACUGGGAGCUGAGCCGGCUGACCCGUGGUAUCACCUGGCUGGGCCCCUACACCCUGGAGCAGGACAGUCUCUGUGUCAGUGGCUACACCCACCAGACACCAGUAACCGCCCCCAGUGCCACGGGACAUCCCCUUGUGCCUUUCACCCUCAACUUCACUAUCACCAACCUACCCUACGCUGAGGACAUGCAGCCUCCUGGAUCCUUGAAAUUUAACACCACGGAGAGGUCCCUGCAGCGCCAGCUCGGACCCUUGUUCCAGAACACCAGUGUGGGCCCCCUGUACUCAGGCUGCAGACUGACCUUGCUCAGGCCCGAGAAGGAUGGGGCAGCCACUGGAGUGGAUGCCGUCUGCACCCACCGCCCUGACCCCACGGGCCCUGGGCUGGACAGAGAGAGGUUGUACCAGGAGCUGAGCCAGCUGACCCAUGGUGUCACCAGGCUGGGUCCCUACACCCUGGAUCCCAACAGUCUCUACAUCAAUGGUUUCACCCACCAGACGCGGGCCACCACCCCCAGCAGUCACACCCAACCGGCUUCAGCCACCACCCCCAACACCACUGGCCCCGCUCUGGUGUCCUUCACCCUGAACUUCACCAUCACCAACCUGCACUACACUGAGGACAUGGGGCACCCCAGUUCCUUGAAGUUCAACUCCACCAAGAGGAUCCUCCAGCACCAGCUCAAGCUCCUGCUCAGUAAGACCAGUGUUGGCCCCCUCUACGCUGGCUGCAGACUUGCCUCGCUCAGGCUUGAGAAGGGUGGUGCAGCCACUGGAGUGGACAUCGUCUGCACCGUCCACUCUGACCCUGCGGGCCCCAGGCUGGACAGAGAGCGGCUAUACUGGGAGCUGAGCCGUGAGACCCAUGGCAUCACCCGGCUGGGGCCCUUCACCCUGGACAGGGACAGCCUCUGUGUCAACGGUUAUACCUAUGGAGCCACAGCCCCAACUACCACUGCUGGGGAGGCCCGUGAGGAGCUGUUCACACUGAACUUCACCAUCGACAACCUGCGCUACUCAGCGGACAUGGGCCGCCCCGGCUCCCUCAAGUUCAACAUCACAGAUACCCUCAUGCAGCACCUGCUGGGCCCAUUGUUCCAGAAGAGCAGUCUGGGUACCCGAUAUACAGGCUGCAAGGUCACCUCACUAAGGUCCGUGAAGAAUGGCGCAAAGACGAGAGUGAACAUCCUCUGCACCUACCGGCAGCACCCCAGCAGCCCGGGUCUACUUGCCAAACAGGUGUUCCAUGAACUGAGCAGGCAGACCCGUGGCAUCACCCGGCUGGGCCCCUAUUCACUGGACAAGGACAGCCUCUACCUCAAUGGUUAUAACGAGCGUGGUCCAGAUGAGCCUCCCACAACUCCUGAGGCAGCCACCACAUUCCUGCCUAGUUCAUCAUCACCUGUGCAACCAGAAGCCACCACAGCUAUGGGACACAACCUGAAGACCUUCACACUGAACUUGACCAUCUCCAACCUCCAGUAUUCAACAGACAUGAGCCACAGCUCAGCUACAUUCAACUCCACCAAGAGGACCCUGCAGCACCUGCUUGGAUCCUUGUUCCAGAAGAGCAGCCUGGGCCCCUUCUAUUCAGGUUGCAGAUUAAUCUCCUUCAGGCCUGAGAAGGAUGUGGUAGCCACUCAUGUUAACGCCAUCUGCACCUAUCACCAUGACCCCAUGGGCUACAGGCUGGACCGAGAACAGCUUUACUGGGAGCUAAGCCAGCUGACCCAUGGUGUCACCCAGAUGGGCAUCUAUACCCUGGUCAGGGACAGCCUCUUCGUCAAUGGCUACGCUCCCCAGAAUUUAUCUAUUCAGAAUGAGUAUCAGCUGAAUUUCCGCAUCCUCAACUGGAACCUCAGCAACUCAGACCCUGCAUCCUUGGAGUACACAACCCUGCUGAGAGACAUCCAGGACAAGGUCACCAAACUCUACAGAGGCAGCCAGCUACAAGACAUUUUCCUCUCCUGCCUGGUCACCAACUUGACGUUGGACUCCAUGUUGGUCACCAUCAAGGCUCUGUUCUCUUCCAAUGUGGACCCCAGUAUGGUGAAGCAAGUCUUUCUAGACAAGACCCUGAAUGUCUCAUCCCACUGGCUUGGUGCCACCUAUAAGCUGGCAGAUUUGCAUGUGACAGAAGUGGAGUCAACAGCUCAUCUACCAACAGACAGACCAACAAGCAGUCCCACCUCUCAGCACUUCCAGCUGAAUUUCACUGUCACCAACCUACUCUAUUCCCAAGACUUAUCCCAGCCCAACACCACCAAACACCAGCGGAACAAGAGAAGUAUCGAGAAUGCGCUCAACCAGCUCUUCCGAAACAGCAGCAUGAAGAGUUAUUUCUCUGACUGUCAAGUUUUAGCAUUCAGGUCUGUCCCCGACAGCAACCACACUGGGGUGGACUCCAUCUGUAACUUUUCACCAUUGGCUCGGAGACUGGACAGAAUUGCCAUCUAUGAGGAGUUCUUGAGGCUGACCCAAAAUGGUACCCAGCUGCAGAAUUUUACCCUGGACAGAAACAGUGUCCUUGUGGAUGGGUAUUCUCCCAACAGAAAUGAUGUCUUGACUGAGAAUUCAGACCUCCCCUUCUGGGCCAUCAUCCUCAUUUGCUUGGCGGGACUCCUGGUACUCAUCACAUGCCUGAUCUGCUGUUUCCUGGUCACCAUCCGCCUGCGGAAGAAGGAGGGAGACUACGAGGUUCAGCAACACAGCCUGGGCUAUUACCUGCCACACCUAGACCUGAAGUUGCAGUGAGCUCUGCCUGCGGCUCCAAGGGAGCUUGGCUGGAAUAGAAAUAAACCACAUUGGUCGGA